AUGAGGGGAAUCCUGUUAGCGUUAACUUUGACCAUUGUAGGGAGCCAGCAGAUCACAUUUGAGCCAACCUUUAGUGGAAGCAAGAGCUAUCAGUACAAGUAUGAGGGCAUCCUUUUAUCUGGGCUUCCUGAGAAGGGAUUAGCCAGAGCUGGGGUAAAAAUCAGCUGCAGGGUGGACAUUUCUGAAGUGGCCCAGAAAACCUACCUGCUGCAGCUUCUGCAGCCUGUUAUCCAGGAGUAUAAUGGAAUCUGGCCAAAAGCCCCAUUUCACCCGGCAAGCAAACUGACACAGGCCCUGCAAAGACAGCUCACACAGCCUAUCAAGUUUGAAUACAGGAACGGGCAUGUUGGUCACAUAUUCGCGCCUGCUGAGGUGUCUGACACUGUGGUCAACCUCCACAGAGGAAUCCUGAAUAUGCUGCAAAUGACCCUGAAGGCCACUCAGAAUGUAUAUGAGCUACAAGAGUCUGACAUUUCGGGGACCUGCCAAACCAGCUAUGUCAUUCAGCAGGACAGAGACAGCGACCAGAUCAUUGUCACCAAGUCCAAGGACCUGGACAACUGUGAGGAAAAAGUCCAGAAAAACAUGGGCAUGGCUUAUAUUCACCAGUGCCCCACCUGCACCAAGUUUGGAAGGAAUCUCAGGGGGACUGCAGCUUCCACUUAUGUCCUGAAGCCCAUGAGGGCCUCGCCUUCUGGCUUCCUGGUCACUCAAGUCACAUCUCAGGCUGUGUACCAGUUCACACCAUUCAGUGAAAUAAAUGGAGCAGCUCUCACGGAAGCCAGUCAGAAGCUAAUUUUGGAGGAGACAAGAGGGGCACGCGCCAAUUUUCUAGAACAGCAGUUUCAGAAUCGGGGACGCCUUCAGUAUCAGUUUGCUUCCGAAAUCCUUCAAAGUCCAAUUCAGCUUUUUAGAACACAGAGUCCAGAAAUUAAGAUUAAAGAAGUUAUCCAGUAUCUCAUCCAGAAUAAUGAGGAGAAUGUCCCAAUGAAUGCCCCCUCCAAGUUCCUGGAGUUGAUUCAGCUGCUGCGAGCCUGCUCCAAGGGGAACAUUGAGGCUAUCUGGAGGCAGUAUGAAAACACAAAGCAAUACAGGCGUUGGUUCCUGGAUGCACUUCCUGCAGUUGGAUCUCCUACUGUCUUUAAGUUCAUCGCUGAGCGGAUCCUGAAGAGAGACGUGUCCACCACUGAGGCUGGCCAGAUGCUGGUCACUGCCAUGCACCUCGUCAGAGCGAGCCAUGAAACCAUGGAAAUGGCCAUGGAGCUUUUAAAUUCAUUGGAAAACCUGAAAUGGCAACCGGUCUAUAAGCUUGCUGUGCUGGCCUAUGGUUCAAUGGUGAAUAAAUACUGCGGGAGACCUGAGGACUGCCCUGCAACUGUUUUAAAGCCCCUCCAUGACAUGGCUGCUGAUUCAAUGAGCAGAGCCCAUGAGGAGGACAUUGUCCUGGCUCUGAAGGCCAUAGGGAAUGCAGGGCAGCCUGCCAGCAUCAAAACCAUCAUGAAGUUCCUGCCAGCGUUUUCCUCCAUAGCUAAUCAUCUCCCAGUCAAAGUCCAGGCUGAUGCAGUGAUGGCCAUGAGGAACAUUGCUAGGAAACAGCCCAGUAAGGUCCAGGAAAUAACGCUGGAAAUCUUUAUGGACAGAAGACUGCAACCGGAGGUCCGAAUGAUUGCGUCUAUUGUUCUGUUGGAAGCCAAGCCACCCUUGGCUCUGGUGGUAACAGUGGCAGAAGCUCUGCUGAAGGAGACGAGCUUGCAAGUGGCCAGCUUUGUCUACUCCCACAUCAAGGGCCUGUCUAGGAGCUCUGCGCCCGAGCACCAUGCACUGUCUGCUGCCUGUAAUGUAGCUGUGAAACUCCUUAGCUCUAAACUCGACCGACUGAACUAUCGGUAUAGCAAAGCUAUUCGUAUGGACAUGUAUCACUACAACUUGAAGGCAGGAGCAGCAAUGAACAUGUUCCUGAUGAACAGUGCAGCCAGUGUUUUUCCCACAGCUUUUAUCACAAAAUUGCAGGCCAGCGUCCUUGGUUCUUCAUCUGACCCUCUGGAGCUUGGCAUUCGGGCUGAAGGGUUAGAGGAAGCUCUUGAAAAAUAUGAAGACGAAUUUACAAAUAUGCCCACAUCAAAGAAGAUUGAGAAGGUUUUGAAGAUGCUGAGCAGGUGGAAGUCUGUACCAUCAGAGAAAACACUGGCAUCAGCAUAUAUUAAGCUGUUUGGACAAGAGAUUUCAUUCUCCCGCAUGAAUAAGAAAUACAUAGAAGAAAUAAUGCAGGCUAUCAGAGAGCCGGUGGAAAGACAGACGCUCAUAUGGAGGAUUGUGACUCAGCUUCAGAGUGGAACAGCUGUACAGCAAUCAAUACCCCUACUGGUUGCUGAGAUGCGCCAUAUCAUCCCCUCAUGUGUUGGAUUACCAAUAGAAAUGAGCCUCUACUCAGCUGGUGUAGCCACUGCUUCAAUAAAUGCUCAAAUGCAGAUCACACCAACCCUUGCCAGAGAGUUCAGUGUAACUCAGUUACUGAACUCAGAGCUCCAGCUCAAGACAGAUGCCACCACCAGCUUUACCAUGAACGCUGUGGCUGUUAUGGGGGUCAACACCCACCUCAUUCAGACAGGUGUGGAGCUCCAAGCAAGAGUUCAUACUGUGAUCCCAAUGAAGUUCACUGCCAAGUUGGAUAUGAAAGAGAAGAACUUCAAGAUGCAGUUUGAGCCCUGCCAGACUGAGACGGAGCUGCUAAUGAUGAGGGCUCAGGCUUUUGCUGUAACAAGAAAUGUGGAAGAUCUGGAAGCUGCAAAAAAGACACCAUUGUUACCUGAAUCUGCUCAGGCGGAGAUCAUGAAGCAGCAUUUUGACCCAGAGGCUUCAGCCCCUCGCAGAAGAGACUCAGCUGAAGCAAUGACCAGGCUGUCUGAUGAGAUGAUAUCUCCGGGCUCAGUGACCUCUGAUGAGCAGAGAAGGAAGCACUCUUCUCACAGGAUGUACAAUGUUUGUACCAAGAUCAGGAACUUUGGAUUCCAGUUGUGCUUCGAGGCCAAAUCAGAAAAUGCUGCUUUCCUCAGAAACACACCUCUUUAUGUAAUGAUUGGACAGCAUUUCUAUAAAAUUGAUCUCAGACCAGCACAUUCUUCUGAUGCUACAGUAGAGAAGAUUGAGGUUGAGAUUCAGACAGGUCCUAAGUCAGCCUCUAAAAUUGUUCGAAUGGUGGCCAUUGAUGAAUACCCCAGAGCUAAGAAACUGGCAGGCAGUGUCUUGACAAAACUGAAGGGAAUCCUGAAACCCUUCAAGGGACAUCACCAUAAUGCUACUGGAAUCUCCUGGAGGUCCUCAAGUUCAGCAUCAAGCAGUCACUACCACCCACAGUCCAGGCGUACCUCGCAGAAGAAUAGGCACAGAAUGAGCAACAGCAGCAGUAGCAGUAGCAGUAGCAGUAGCAGUAGCAGCAGCAGCAGCAGCAGCAGCAGCAGCAGCAGCAAGUUGUGGCACAGCAGACGGCAUAAGAAAGACCACAACAGACACCCCAGAGUAGGAGGCCAUUUUAGGAGGCAUGGAACAAACACAAGCAUGUCUUCCAGCAGCUCCUCUGGUUCAUCCUCUGAAAUGUACAGAGGUAGAGCUGAUAACUUCAACCUACGUUUCAAGGCCCAUGGGCACCUGCUUCAAGGUGAUCCUGGCAAUGCAAGACCCUUCACUUCUUCAUCCAGUUCAAGUAGUUCAUCUAGCAGUGAAUCCAGCUUGGCCUCAAAACCAGAGUUCAAGUUCCUGGGAGACUCAACCUCUCCUCUGUUCGCCGUUGUGGCUCGGGCCAGGAGAAGUGACGGGCUGCAGCAGGGUUACCAGUUGGCUGUCUAUGCUGACACCACUCUGUCGAAGCCCAGGGUGCAGGCCCUGGCCAUCGAAAUCAACAGCAAGGACAAGUGGCAAGUGUGCGCUGAUGCUGAGCUUCACAAUGACUACAAAGCGCUGGCGCUGGUGAGGUGGGGUCAGGAGUGCCGAGAGUAUAAGGUAGCAGUGAAGGCAGCGACUGGGCGCAUAGCAACUCAUCCUGCUCUGCAAGUUAAAGCCAAGUGGUGGAAGAUUCCACGUGCUAUGAAAUAUGCUGGAGAGACAAUGGCAGAAUAUGUACCUGGAGCUGCAUUAAUGCUGGGAUUUUCUCAAAAAUGGCACAAGCACACAUCAAAACAGUUAGCCUUGUACAUUGCAAUGUCUUCACCAAGGACUGUCGAUUUGUUUAUAAAGACACCCAGGAUGGCUCUCUGCAAGCAAGCUGUGCCCGUGCCUGUUGCAAUGCCUUAUGGGCCCAUUGAUGAGAUGCAGAAACCACUUGGUCUCUUACACAGCCUCAGUGAAGUUCCAAUCAUGCUGGCCGAGUCUACAAAAUCGCAGUGCUCGGUGCACGGGUCGAAGGUCGUGACCUUCAACGACGUCAGGUUCUCUUAUGACAUGCCUCGCAGCUGCUAUCACAUUCUGGCCCAAGACUGUCGCUCCAGACCCAAGUUUAUAGUCCAGAUCAAGCGGGCUACUGUGUCUCAAAGUCUCUAUGUUGUGAGAGCUCAAAUCCAUAACAAUGAUAUCGAAAUGCUACCUUCAACCAGUGGGGCACUUAGGCUGAUAUUCAAUGAUAACAAAAUACCAUCCAGUAACCUCCCAUUCAGUGACCCAGAAGGCAUGAUCCACAUCGACAAGGAAGGUCAGGGACUGGUGUUGAAAGCUGAGAAGUAUGGCCUGGAGAAGCUGUAUUUCGAUGGGAGGAAGACCCAGGUCAAGGUGGGCUAUACCAUGAAGGGGAAGACCUGUGGAAUGUGCGGUCACAACGACGGGGAGACGAAGAAGGAGUUCCGCAUGCCAGAUGGCCGAGUCACCAAAUCUGCGUCCAGCUUCGCUCAUUCCUGGAUAUCCCCUGAUGAAAACUGCGAUAAAGAAUGCCAGUUCCAGCCCGAGCACGUUGAAUUGGGAAAAGUAGUGUCAAUGGUUGGCGAAGAGUCCCGGUGUUACUCCACUCAGCCUGUGCUGCGCUGUGCUCCAAACUGCUCACCUACUCAAACCACACCAGUCACCAUCGGCUUCCACUGCCUCCCAGCAGAGACCACUGUCAAUAGAGGAGAUUACAACAGUUUUGCAGAGAAGAAUGAAGACAUAGAGGACUCUUUUCUUGCUCACACUGAGUGUUCCUGCCCAGCUAACCGCUGUCCUGCUGUCUAAAUAACCCUGAGCAUUGAAGAUCUGAUCUGAGAAGAAUUGAGGAAUUUCAAUUUAAGAAUUUAAAUGAUGAAGAAGUGAUAAAUGUACUGGUAUUGGAUCCAUCCACAACAUUAUGUUCGCCUGUCUUGUGACACAAUAAA